AAGACGAAAUCUAUUUUGUGAGCAGAUGGCUACAACAAUGCAGCCCAGCAAGUAUACGGGCUUAGUUGCCGAUUUAAUGCCCAAUAUACGGGCUAUGAGAUAUUCUGGACUGUUUAUGCACAACUUUACUGGAGGCAGCACCUUUAUGAAGAGGAUUUACUCGUCAGUACAUAUGGUGGUGCUUAUAAUGCAGAUAGGAUUUAUCAUGGUUAAUCUAGCGUUGAAUGCGGACGAGGUUAAUGAGUUGUCCGGAAACACGAUAACCACGUUGUUUUUUACGCAUUGUAUUGUUAAGUUCGUAUAUCUAGCCGUAAAUCAAAAGAACUUUUACAGAACUUUAAACAUUUGGAAUCAGGCCAACACACAUCCCCUGUUUGCCGAAUCAGAUGCUCGUUACCACUCGAUAGCUUUGGCCAAAAUGCGCAAGCUCUUCUUUCUGGUAAUGCUAACAACGUUCGCCUCGGCCACGGCCUGGACAACGAUUACGUUCUUUGGCGAUAGUGUGAAGUUGGCGCUUGAUAAGGAGACAAAUUCAAGUAUAACCGUCGAGAUACCUAGGCUGCCAAUUAAAGCUUUCUAUCCGUGGGAUGCCAGCCAUGGCAUGUUUUACAUGAUUAGCUUUGCACUUCAGGUUUAUUAUGUGCUUUUCUCAAUGGUGCACUCUAAUUUGUGCGAUGUUAUGUUUUGCUCCUGGUUAAUUUUUGCCUGCGAACAAUUACAGCAUCUUAAAGGCAUCAUGAAACCAUUAAUGGAACUUUCCGCUUCGCUGGACACAUACAGACCCAACUCGGCGGCGCUGUUCAGAUCACUAUCCGCGAAUUCCAAGUCAGAGCUGAUACACAACGAGGAGAAGGAACCAGUCACUGACUUGGACAUGACAGGAAUAUACAGUACUAAAGCAGAUUGGGGUGCACAGUUCCGAGCGCCAUCCACGCUGCAGUCCUUCAACGCCGGUGCCAAUGGCAACGGUAACCUGGCCAGUAAUCCCAAUGGACUCACCAAAAAACAGGAAAUGAUGGUUCGCAGUGCUAUCAAGUAUUGGGUAGAGCGUCACAAGCACGUCGUCCGGUUAGUGGCUGCCAUUGGGGAUACCUACGGCGCUGCUCUGCUCUUACAUAUGCUUGUUUCGACAAUUAUGCUCACUCUGCUGGCUUAUCAGGCAACCAAAAUCAACGGCGUUAACGUCUAUGCCUUUACGGUAAUUGGAUAUUUGGGUUAUGCACUAGCGCAGGUAUUUCACUUUUGCAUUUUCGGCAACCGUCUGAUUGAGGAGAGCUCGUCUGUCAUGGAGGCUGCCUACUCCUGUCAUUGGUAUGAUGGCUCUGAGGAAGCCAAGACUUUUGUGCAGAUUGUUUGCCAGCAAUGCCAAAAGGCAAUGAGCAUAUCGGGGGCAAAGUUCUUUACUGUGUCACUGGAUUUGUUUGCCUCGGUGCUCGGUGCUGUUGUCACUUACUUUAUGGUGCUGGUACAACUUAAAUGAGUUGGGUUUACAGUCUUAACAACAACUCUGUCCACCUUAAGGUUGAUCAAUUGUAUUGCUUUUUGUCAGUGUCAACAAAUUGUGUCAAACUUUAUACCUAACGAUAGCCGCAGAGCCAGCAAUAACAUUUUCCCCAAAUUAUGUACUUGUUAUCGAAUAUAAGCAACAACUACAAGCUUUCGACUACUAAUUAAGCACAUUCUUUUUAUUAAUUCUUUUCAAUAUUAUCAAUAAGAUUAGUGUUUUGCCCAUUACUGUGAACAAAAAAUAAAUGUGUUACAAACUCGAUUAAAU